CGGGUGCGUGUCACAAGUCAGAAGACGGCACCGGGCACGGCCGUCUUGAAUUGGUCCGUGCGGCGGCGGCGGCGGCGGGAGGAGGAGGUAGGCGAGGGGAUGGCGCAGCCGAGCAAGGAGCCGUGCAAGAAGGAGGCGUGCGACAUCCAGGCCUGUCUCUCCAAGAACAUGUUCGACUCCAGGAAGUGUGUGAGAGUUAUUCAGUUACUUCAGUCAUGUUGUGAGCAGUGUGAGUACAAAUCAACACACUGCGGUUCCUUGUCUGGAUUACUUAAGAACAUUUCAAAGUGAGGAAACAAUACCGAUACUGCAACAGUUGAAUAAAAGUUCUUUUCAGUUAGCUUAGGAGUUCAGGGGGCCAUCAAUCUCUCUUAUGGAUUAAGGAUGACUCGUAGGGGCAUGGUACUGAGUUGAACAGCAGGUAAAUGUUUCUUUAUGAUCGAUUCCGAUGUCUGUCUACUUGUGGCAUCCUUCAUAGUUCAGCUGUUCUACACAUGUAAUCCCCGUCCUCUUCUUGAAUAGCUAAAUAAGUGAACCCCAUGUAUACUGUAUAAUUAUCCAUACAUAGAUAUUGUAGUGACCCCAAAGUUUUUUAUGCCAUUUCAAUGCUCACCCUGCCAUGUUCUGUGGCAAGAAAGUCAAAAUCUGGAUGAAAACGUCUUGGAUGAUAAUUUGAUCUUUCGGGCUGAAACAUGGCAAAAGCACGAUAUCAUAAACUUGGGAUGUAAGAUAUGGUGCCAAUCAGGAACAAUGUGAGGUCAUUUGAUUUCAGUAUCGAAUUGCCAAGCAUCUGUGGCCAGUUCCAGGUUGCUGAGAAA